AUGUCAGAAUAUUCGUUUGCUGGAAAAAUAGCCUUGGUUACAGGAGCCUCCACAGGGGUUGGAGAGGGCAUUGCUCGUGCACUUUUUGUAAGAGGAGCUACUGUGGUCAUUACUUCGAGACACUUAUCCGAAGUGCAAGAGACAGCGGGCAAUAUUGAUCCCAGUGGGAGCAGAGUGAUUGGGAAAGAAGUGGAUGUAACUGUUGCAAAAGCGGUGGAAGACUUAAUCCAAGAGAUAAGAGAAGAAUUUGGAGCAUUACACUAUUUAGUAAAUAAUGCAGGAAUUACAGGUCCUCAUCAGACAGGAAUUGAAGAUUACGAUAUUGAUUCCUGGAGGCAAGUCAUUGAUACGAACAUUAAUGGUACCUUCUACACACUAAAAUAUGCGCUACCAUUGAUGGAAAGCUCUUCGAGUCCAGACUCUGAGGCAGCGGUGGUGAAUCUCUCUGCAGUUAAUGGUCUUGUUGGUAUUCCCGGUAUUUCCCCGUAUACAGCAACGAAGCAUGCAGUAAUAGGGAUAACUCAGAGUGUUGCAUUAGAAUACGCAGAAAGAAAUGUUAGAGUGAACGCAGUUGCGCCAGGAUAUGUUUCCACACCCAAGAUUCAAGCUUUGCCAAAGGAAACGCAACAAUGGAUGUCGAGUCAGCACCCGAUGAAGCGUAUGGCAACAAUGACAGAAGUUUCGAACACUGUCUUAUUCUUACUUUCCCCACUGACCGGUUUCACUACAGGUUCAGUGUAUCCAAUCGAUGGUGGAUUUUUGGCUCAGUGA